AUGACAGCAUCUAAAGUUGAGGAAAAUAUACACGUAACUGCCGAUGACCAAAAAUUGAUCAAUCGAUUUGCAAGAUUACAUCAGAAGUCGAUAGAUGUGAGGGAAAAACUUGAUGAAAUGACGAGAGAUUUGCAAAAUAUGAGUGAAGCUUCUGACGAGAUCUUUCUGCUCAAUGAUUGUGACUUGCAGUCAAUUCCUUAUAAAACAGGCUCAAUAUUUAUGCAUUUGGAUCAAGAACGGUUACAGUCGAAACUACAGGAUAUGAAAGAAUAUUUGGAAAAUCAGGUAGCUGUUCUUGAUGAAAAACUCAAAAGCAUAUCUAGGGAAUUGGGUUCUCUAAAGGCAAUACUUUAUGGCAAGUUUGGUGAUAGUAUCAAUUUAGAGACGGAUAUGGACGAUUGA